UGGCUUUUAUGUGAGGAGGCGGUAUUUUGGAGACCCCGUGGCUGUUGUUUGUGUAAACAGCCUAAAAGAAGGAGUAUGUUCUCACCGUUUUGGAAACGGUGCCCCUUAUUAUUCGAUUAAUCGUUUUCUUACUUAAUUAGACCUAAGAUUACUUAAAAUAGUCAUAGUAUAGGAGGCAGUGAAACAUCCGAAUUCAAAUUGUUUACACAAAUAUCGCGAGAACUUGUUGGUGCGAGAUUAUAUUGGUUCAAGAUUCAAGUGGUUCCUCGUGUUAUACUUUUGCUAUCUGACUGGGAUGGGCAGCGACACAGAAUUAACUUACGAAGCUGAUUCACCUGAAACCCGGCUCCGGCUUCAGCUUCCGGGCCUUUCAGGAAGGAGCGCCGAUGCUCUACUCGCUCCGCGGGCGGCAGUUCUGCCAAAUAGUGAUUCUGGAGACAGCCUGUUUCAAACUCAGCCUGUGACAAGACCAUUACGGACUGAGAGAAGAAAGCGGCCUCAGCGACUGCAGCUCCCAAGCACUGCUUCUGAGUCUGACACAGAUAGUGAAGGGGACAACUGUCCAAAGAGGUCAAGGAAAAGCCUCUUAAAAUUUCAAAGAUACAAGCCCAACCAGGAGACACAAAAGAAGUAUGACCGGAAUGGGCCUGUGUUUCCAUUUCUUGCAAAGAAGAAUAAUAAAAGUGAACACCUGCCCCGACGUAAGGUCCUAUUGUUUGAGCAUGGAGCCAUUGGUGGUUUUUUUACCUACAUGAAGAAAGUAAAAGACAAGUCAGAAAAGGGCUUGCCUUCGAGAUUUUUGUCACUCAGACGAAGGUUCCUAGAUGAGGAUGGAGAGCUGCUUCCACUCUCAAAUCCAGAACAAGCUGAGGGCAGCCAAGCCAGUGAUGACAUUAAAAUAGUGGCACAGAAAGAUUUUAUUUUAAAAUAUCAUGGUAGAUUGAGGGGAAACAACAUAUGGACUGGGAAGUUUUCUAGUGAUGCUGGACAGGAUUCAAUGAAAGACAGAAGAAAAGCCUCCUCAAACCUAAAAAAAAGUAUCCAUGCACCAAAAGUUCAGACCAGAUCUCGGGCCAGAAGGUCUUUAAGUACACGCAAUACAGACGUUGAGGAUGAUGGUUCAGACAAUUGUGGUAUUUCCACAGAACAGGAAUAUGAGAGUGACACCACUGAUACGUCUUCUCUGUCUUCUGACACCUCACCACAAGAGGAGGACGAGGAAUGCACUGUGACCGAUGUUUUGGACUCUCAAGGGGCUGUUAAGCGUAGGAAGCCAACUAGAACACAGAGGAGUACCCACACUGUGAAAAAGAGAACAUCUUCAGCAGCAGUUAUUCGCAGAUCAACCAGAUCAACUCCUUUGGAUGCAGAAACAGCAGGAAGCAGUGAGGAGAUGCCACACAGUGAGGAGAUGCCACACAGUGAGGAGAUGCCACACAGUGAGCUUCAACAGAGCCCUGAUGUGAUACAGCUAGAGAAGCAGAUGACAGACAGGACUGGAAGUCAGUGUUUCUUUUUGCCAAUUGAAAAUUGUGAAGCUGGGAUUUCAAAUACAGGCAGUCCAACUAAGAUUUGUGAGCAGGGAAGCCUGGAGGGAGUGACAGAAGAUGCUAUUCCACAUUUGGGAUCGCAGGAACUCUGGGAACUAGGGGAGAUCUCAAUCAAGAGAACAGAAAGAGGAAAAGAGAGCUUGCAAGAACAAACUUUGGAUGCAAGUAAGGAAAAAGUGUUGGAGCAAACAGAGAAAGAGUCUGUGGAGCAAGCACAUCUUCCUGAGCACAGGAUGUCUUUGUCACUCACUAAAGAAGGCAUAAGGAAGGACGUUGUAGCUGAAGAUGAAGCCCCUUUAAUUUCACAUGACGAUGUCCAUGAGAUAUCUACUACAGCAGUAAAUGUGCAGGAUGAGCAAGACUAUGCUGAACAUGUGCCAAGUCAAAAUACUCUGGAGAAGCCAACUGACAAGAUGUCUCAAAAAAUAUUUGAAGGUUCAUCAGGAUGUAAGUAUGAACUGAACAAAGCAAUCAGAAAAAAGCAACAGAUAUCCCAGGAAGUCAUUCUGAACCUUGAGAAUGAAGAGUCUGAAGAACUGUUUGAUAGUAAUUAUGGGCAAAGAUUGUUGCAUGGUGAGGAAGGAUCUGUAGAGGAAGAGAGAACUCAAGAUGUCUAUGCUCAAAGUACAACAGACAGCCAACAUAGGAAGCCAUCUGUAGAGACAGCUUGUGGAAAAGGGGAAGAAGAGUUCUUCAUGUGGAAGUCAUCCAAAUCAGAGAGACGAAGGCUAGAGACAUCUAUAAAAGACUUGAAUGUGGAGUAUACGUACACCACAGAAAACGUGUCUCCGCACAAGAAGAAAAGUAAGAAGCACAUGAAGGUCGUAGACCUGCAGAAUGAUUUAAAUGAAGAGGGAAGAGAUUGUGCACCUGUGGCUAAGUCACAAUCUCACUCUAGUAGUUCUAGCUACAACCAGACUAAGCGCAAACAGGUAAUUUCUGAAACAAGUGUAGACCAAAUAUCUGAUAUAGGGUCUUAUCCUCCAGAGCCAAAAGACAACACUGACUUUGAUGUGGCCUGUCAUGACUUAGAAAAGAGGAGGAGGAAGAAGAGAAAGAGAGGUGAGAAGGAGGAGCAGUCUCACUCUAGUAGUUCUAGCUACAACCAGACUAAGCGCAAACAGGUCAUUUCUGAAACAAGUGUAGACCAAAUAUCUGAUAUAGGGUCUUAUCCUCCAGAGCCAAAAGACAACACUGACUUUGAUGUGGCCUGUCAUGACUUAGAAAAGAGGAGGAGGAAGAAGAGAAAGAGAGGUGAGAAGGAGGAGCAGUCUCACUCUAGUAGUUCUAGCUACAACCAGACUAAGCGCAAACAGGUCAUUUCUGAAACAAGUGUAGACCAAAUAUCUGAUAUAGGGUCUUAUCCUCUAGAGCCAAAAGACAACACUGACUUUGAUGUGGCCUGUCAUGACUUAGAAAAGAGGAGGAGGAAGAAGAGAAAGAGAGGUGAGAAGGAGGAGCAGUUCAGUAUAUCUGGGUCCCGAGAGUGUUUAUCAGCUCUGAAUUCACCAACGCAUAAGUGCUCUGAUAGGGAAAGGUACACAGAACCAGUUGAGAUGUCCCCUUUGUCCUCCUCUGAUGAUGUGGUGAAGAAGAAGAAGAAGGAGAAAAGGUGGAAGCCUGGGAGUGCAGAAGAGAGUGAUGAGCUUGGAGGAAGUUUCAUAGCAAGCUACUCUGGCCAUUUUCUUGGGGGAAAUAAUGGAGUGAGAUGGAACAUCGCUGAAGAUCGGUCCAUGGAAUUCGAGUCUCAGGGGGAAAGGAGUAUGGCUGAUCCUGAGCACCAUAACAGUGAACAUCAGCCCAGUAAGAAAAAGCAUAAAAAAGGAGAUUCUGAUAACAGUGGCAGUAAAAAAACAACAAGGCAAAUCUCCUCAUCUAAAGUAACACCUGUUACUGGUUUGCGACUGUCCCCUGGAUUACAGAGUGAAACAUCCAGAGAUACUAAGGCUGGCAAAAGCCAUAAAACAAAAGAGAAAUUAGUGUCUAAUUAUGAUCCUGCUGUGAGUAAAUUGGCCGGAAUGGACACGGACAGAGACUGUCAUGGCAGAACAACAGAUAUACAGGAGGUCAGUUCUGGCGUGAAUGCUAUACAGGAACGUAGUAAAGUGUCACAGUGUAAAAGUCGAGGCCACUCAUUGUGUGACAAAAAAGGCCAUGGAACACUGCCGAUGGUAAAACAGAGCCCAUAUAAACAGAGGUUGUUCGCCAUCAGAAGAUUUCAACAUUUGCAACAAACUGGCAGUUACAUUUACCAGACAUUGAUUUGGAAUUAUUUGCAUUCAAAAAAAGGUAACAGAGAUCAUGGCUUUUGUCAAGCCUCACCGGACAAAAGACAAUCAAAAGUCCCGAAAAGGUCAAUGCACUCAUCAACACAGUGGUAACACAAUUUCCUGGUAUAUCUCCAUCAGAAAUCAGGACCAUCUUAAGAUGAAAAUGCAACAAUGAAGCCAAUUAUAAGGGAGUAUAAGAGAGUUUUCAAGAGAAGCCUGGUGCUGAUAAAGCCACCCGUUUGACCAAGAGAGUGAGUUACUGGAAAGGACAUCAGGCAGGGAUGAUUCACAGACAUGGAAUAAAAGAAAUAAAAGACAAAUAAAAAUUGAGAUUAAGAUAAACAAAAAUAUAGACAGAAGCUUCUUUAGGGUCCAGAGAUGGUAUAUGUUAGUCAAAAUUAUUAAUAUUAAUUCAGUGACCAUUAAUUCAUAUUAAUUUACUGAUGUUAUGCUUCUUAUAUCCGGCAAAAAUCCCUGUGUUAAAUUUAACAUCUACAGUGUUUUUUGGGUUUUUACAGUGUUCAUUUAAACCAAUUGCACUUAUUAAUAUGGUGGCUGUUAAUUCAUCACUGGGAGCUUUACCAGGGGCAUUGCUAGACAAAAAGCUCUACUGGGACACAGGCCCCCCACGCCCAUUACCCAUAUGAUUUUUGAAAGCUGAACGUGAGAUUUUACUGGGGCACAGCACAUAAAUACUAGGUAAUGUGCCCCAGUAAAAGGGGUCUAGCAACCACCAUGGGGUUUACUGUGAUGUUCUAAAAUCGUUUAAAAAUUAGCAUGUCAGUUUUUGUUCGUUUUUCCCUAGAUUUGUGCAUUUUUGUAAAUAUUUUUUUUCAGUCAUAUAAUUUUACUGCUCUGUUGACUUCAUAAACAAGCACAAAAGUAAUAUGAACAUUCCCAUGUCUGUUAGUGUAUUGAAAUACUUAAGCAUAGGUCUUACAAAAACACUAUUUAAAAGUAUGCUUGGAACACUUUUCUUAAAAAUGCAUUUUGUAUGAUCAAUAACAUACUCCUGUCCAGUAUCAUACUUCUGUCCUACUUAAGUGAUAAACAAGUGCCCUUUUAGAAGUCUUCCAGUGACCUUUAAAUGUAAUAUGUAGUUAAGUAUGUGUAUGUGUGUGUAUAUAUAUGGGUACCUUUUUACCACAUCAAAAGAGCAUUUUGAAACAGUACUACACAUUUACUAUUCCUGAACAUAAUUGUAUUUUAGUACAACUAAAGUUUCC